GGUGGGUGAAAGGAGCCGCACUUUCCGAGCAACGCAAGCGGAGGGGGAUUGCAAAGCAGCAAGGGACUCCGUGCGUUUCUUUUGUCUGCGCUGAAAGUUGGUGGGAAUUUGCCUGGCGGCAGAGAAGUCCCCUGGAAUUGGAAGAGAAGCGAUGGCUUGGAUCAGGUGGGCUUUCCUGCUCUGUGCCUGUGCCUUUUGGUGCCCAAUGCUUGACGCUUCCGAAAAGGCGAAUGUGAGGACGGUCACCUAUGUGCUGCAACCGGGAGCGUCUCAGAGCCGCCGGCAGAGCGGAAGACAGCAGCAGCGCCUGUUCAACCUGGAGCUGGUGGAUACCCCUUACGGCAACUCUCGGCGCAGCAGCACUAGCACCUUGGAGCGAAGUCGCCGGAUGAGCAAACCAAGCAAUCCCGGCGUGCAGCUCCGCUUGGGUCCCACCGUGCGUCUUCAACACAAACCUGCCGGCAUCCACACGGCAGCCUCCUCCUCCUCCUACGCCAAAGCUGGAAAAAUCGUCUUGCGCUCCAAGACCCAGCAGCGCCAGAGCAACGGCACCUCCGGCGCUAAGAUCCACCCUAAAGCCCAUCUGCGGCAACUGCAAGGGGUGAAUGUCUGUGGUGGGCAAUGCUGUCACGGCUGGAGCAAAGUUCCUGGGUCCCAGAGGUGCACCAAACCCAAUUGUUCACCACCAUGCCAGAAUGGAGGGAUGUGUCUACGACCCCAGUUGUGUGUCUGUAAGCCAGGUACGAAAGGAAGUGUCUGUGAGGAUGCCACCAAGCAAGAAACUGUUUCACCUGGAGGAUCAAGUCCGGCUACUCCACCCUGGCCUAUCCCUCAGCGGUCAGUUCAACAGAUGUUAUCAAAGAAGGUGCAGGUCCAGCAGAAAUCAAAUCCCAUGGCUCAGAUGACAUUCACACUCAAGCAGAAACCUCCUGGAUUAUCUCAGCAGGCACAGCCACAAAUUAUCCCUCUUUCAUCCCAGAAUUUGAUGAUGAAUGUGCAUCAUGGCCAAACGCAUGAAUAUGUUAUCAAGCCUAAGUACUAUCCGUCAAAGAAAGUGCUCUCAGGAGAACAGUCCACAGAGAGCUCUUUACCUCUAAGAAUGAGCCAGGAUCAGCUUGCAACAUCAUAUCAGAUGGGAAAUCACACAGGACGCAUAAAGGUGGUUUUUACACCCAGCAUUUGUAAAGUGACUUGUAAAAAAGGCACCUGUCAAAACAGCUGUGAGAAAGGAAAUACAACAACGCUGAUUAGUGAAAAUGGGCAUGCUGCUGACACCUUGACAGCUCCCAACUUCCGAGUAGUUAUUUGCCACCUUCCUUGCAUGAAUGGUGGCCAGUGCAGCUCAAGAGACAAGUGCCAAUGUCCUCCUAAUUACACUGGUAAACUCUGCCAGAUCCCUGUGCAGAGUGGAAGUACUUCACAACUUUAUCAUAAUUCGCAACAAGUAAGCAAAACUGUGGGAUCUCAUGUCAUCCAUUCCACACAUACUUUACCACUGACUGUGCCUGGGCAGCAAGGAGCCAAAGUGAAAAUUCCUCCUAACUUUGUAAAUAUCCAUGUUAAACAUCCACCUGAAGCUUCUGUGCAGUUUCAUCAAGUUUCAAGGAUUGACAGCACUUCAGCAGGUCAGAAACCAAAACCAAAGCCUCCCACAUCGGGACAGUCCCAGAGUCCUUAUCAAAGCCUACCAUUUCAGAAGACCCAGAAAAUUCAUUCAACCUACAUUCAUCAGCAGCCUAUCACUCAUACUUUUCCUGUUUCUGCUAAAACACAACUUGGACGAUGUUUCCAGGAGACAGUUGGGACCCAGUGUAGCAAAGCACUUCCUGGCCUCUCCAAGCAAGAAGAUUGCUGUGGGACUGUGGGAACUUCCUGGGGUUUUAACAAGUGCCAAAAAUGUCCAAAGAAGCCAGACAUUAAUGAAUGCCAGUUACAAGGGGUUUGCCCUAAUGGUGAGUGUUUAAAUACCAUGGGCAGCUAUAGGUGUACCUGCAAACUGGGAUUUGUACCAGAUCCUACUCUUUCCAGAUGUAUCCCUGAUAAUCCCAUGGUCACUGAAGAGAAAGGGCCCUGCUACCGGUUUGUCAGUGCAGGAAAGCAGUGUAUGCACCCUCUCUCUGUUCAGCUCAGCAUGCAGCUCUGCUGUUGCAGUGUUGGCAAAGCCUGGGGGCCCCGCUGUGAAAAAUGUCCCCUUCCAGGAACAGCUGCUUUUAAGGAAAUCUGCCCUGGUGGAAUGGGCUAUACAGUUUCUGGCUCUCAUAGAAACAAGCUAUACCAUCACCCUGCAGUUAGAGUUCAGCCACCUGUCUUUGGCAAGACCCAGAUUACUCAUCCUGUUGCUAAAGGUCCUUCUCCUCCACCUCUCCCAGCAAAGGAGGAGCCAGUGGAGGCACUGACCAUCUCACAGAAAAGUGAGCCCGAGGUGGCUGUGAGAGAAGUGGUGGAGAAAACCUCUCCUCCGCUGCCUGUAGAAGUUGGACCAGAUGUCUCCACUUCAAGUGCUAGUCAAGUGAUAGCACCAACUCAAGUUACAGAAAUCAAUGAAUGUACAGUCAACCCAGACAUCUGUGGACAAGGACAUUGCAUUAACUUGCCUGUGGGAUACACCUGCUUAUGCUAUGAUGGAUAUAGGCUUAAUGAUCAACAAACAAAAUGUUCUGAUAUUAAUGAAUGUUCUCAGACUCCUCAUCUCUGUUCCCUUGGGCGUUGUGAAAAUACAGAAGGAAGCUUCCUAUGUAUUUGCCAGGCCGGGUUCAUGGCCAAUGAACAAGGAACAGAUUGUGUUGAUGUUGAUGAAUGUGCCAGGCUUGAUACCUGUGGAGAAGGACUCUGUGUAAACACCAUUGGUUCAUAUAAAUGUGAAUGUGACAGGGGAUUCCAGAUGAACAGAAGGGGCCAGUGUGAAGACAUUGAUGAGUGCUCAGUGCCACAUACAUGUCCAGAUGCAGAGUGCAUUAAUGCUCCUGGUUCUUACCAAUGUAUCCCUUGUAGAGAUGGAUUCAGAGCAUGGAACGGAAAGUGUCAUGAUGUAAAUGAAUGUCAGUAUAGCAGUCUUUGCACAAAUGGCCAGUGUGAAAACCUUGAGGGAUCUUUCAGAUGCCUUUGUAGCCAAGGUUAUCAACUUUCCCCAGCAGGAGAUCAGUGUGAAGAUGUAGAUGAAUGUCAGCAUCAGCAUCAGGAGCAGCUCUGCAUAAAUGGGCAAUGCAGAAAUGUAGCUGGAUCUUACAGGUGUAUUUGUGAGCAGGGGUAUCAGUUGUCACCUGCAAGAGACUAUUGUGAAGAUAUUAAUGAAUGCCAAGAAGACAAGAAUGUUUGUCGUGGGGGUACUUGCAUUAAUACCAAAGGGUCUUAUGAGUGUACAUGUCCAGAGGGCUUCCAGUUAAUGCCUUCUAGAGGCUGUCAAGAUAUCAAUGAAUGUGCAGGAUCCAACUUCUGUUCAUCCCAUGGAAAAUGUUUAAAUACUGAGGGUUCCUUCCGCUGCAUUUGUGAACAGGGUUUUAUGGUUUCUAGAGAUGGCAGAACAUGUGAAGAUAUUGAUGAAUGUGCAAACAGUACUAUAUGCGGUGACCAUGGUGUCUGUGAAAAUUCCCCUGGCUCCUAUCGCUGUCUUUGUUAUCAGGGAUAUCAAUAUCUACAGGAUGGGCAGGGCUGUAUGGAUGUGAAUGAAUGUGAAAUGCUGAGUGGGGUAUGUGGUGAAGCUCUCUGUGAAAAUGUGGAAGGCUCCUUCCUGUGUCUGUGUUCCAAUGAAAAUCAGGAAUACGACCCAAUGAGUGGACUGUGUCAGUUCCGCUCCUCAACAGAGAUUCCAGACAGAACCAAAGAAACAGUUGAAAAGAAGGAAUGUUACUACAAUCUAAAUGACGCAAAUUUUUGUGAUAAUGUAUUAACAUCCAAUGUUACAAAGCAAGAAUGCUGUUGUACUUUGGGUGCUGGCUGGGGUGACAACUGUGAAAUAUUCCCAUGUCCCGUGCUUGGAAGUGCUGAGUUUAUUGAGCUGUGUCCUGAAGGGAAAGGGUUUAUACCAUCUGAAGAACCACAUUAUGGAGAAGUUGCACAUAGUUACAAAGAUGCUGAUGAAUGCCAGCUCUUCGGCCAAGAAAUAUGUAAAAAUGGCUUCUGUUUAAACACACAGCCAGGUUAUGAAUGUUACUGCAAACAGGGCACAUAUUAUGAUCCUAUAAAACUUCAGUGCUUUGAUACAGAUGAAUGUCAGGACAUCAACAGCUGUAUUGAUGGCCAGUGCAUCAAUACUGAAGGCUCUUACAGUUGUUUCUGCACACACCCAAUGGUUCUGGAUUCUACAGGAAAGCAGUGCAUCAGACCAGCGGAAUCUAGUGAGCAAACUGAAGAAAGUGAUGUCUACCAGGAUCUUUGCUGGCAACAUCUGAAUGAAGAUUUUGUUUGCAGUCAACCUCUUGUUGGGAAGCAGACUACUUACACUGAAUGCUGUUGUUUAUAUGGCGAUGCAUGGGGCAUGCAGUGCGCCCUGUGCCCCAUGAAAAACUCAGAGGACUAUGCCCAGCUAUGCAACAUUCCUGUUCCUGGAUCCCGGCCAUACGGACAAGACGCCUUGGUUGACUUUGAACAGGAACAUUACACUUCAGAAACUGAUCCAUAUUUCAUGGAAGACCGUUUCCUGAAUAGCUUUGAGGAAUUACAAGCUGAAGAAUGUGGAAUUCUGAAUGGAUGUGAAAAUGGACGUUGUGUCAGGGUGCAGGAAGGAUAUACCUGUGACUGUUUUGAUGGCUACCAUUUGGACAUGACCAAAAUGACAUGUGUUGAUGUGAAUGAAUGCAAUGAACUGAAUAAUAGGAUGUCUCUGUGUAAGAACGCCAAAUGCAUCAAUACUGAAGGAUCUUAUAAAUGUGUGUGUCUUCCGGGCUUUGUCCCUUCGAACAGGCCAAACUACUGCACACCCUUGAACUCAGACCCAGAAAGUGACCUGGAGUGAGCCCUGUGAUUUUAAGUCUGUAUACUCUGCACUGUAUAAACAAAAGGCAACAGAGAGAAAAGCAUAUUUAACUUGUGUUAAGGAUGUGCCUAAUCCAGAGGUUGGCUAUAUAUGAAAAACAAGCAAUAAAAUAUCUUCUUAAAAGUGAAAGGUGAUGAUUUAAUAUAUAUCAUCUUCACUAAAGCAGCAGACCAAAUGGACACAUUUCCCUGUGUGGAAGAAGUAAUUAAAUAUACUAUGUGUUCAUAAAUGAAAUUCAUGGGAAUAAGCAAUAAAUGCUGUUAUUUUGAACAGAAGGGUUUGGGGUUUUGUUUCUAUUUUGUUGGGGGGCGGGGUUGAUUUGUUUUUGUUUUUUUUACUAUUGCUUGAUUUAUUUGGUAUAUAAUUAGUUGUGAAAACGUUAUAGUCCUUCUUUAUUUAGCAAAUCUUUGCCUAAUGUUCCUUUCAAAGCUUCCCCCCCCCCCGGCUUUUGAUCCAGCUAUGGCAAGAUUAAGCAAUUUUCCAAACACAAAGUAAUGUUCGUCUUUGUCUGGAACAUUGGCCAGUGACUUUUAAAAAUUGCUAAAUGACUGCCCUGUGGAGCAGGCACUGUUCUUUAAAAGAAUGUACAGCCCAUGGAGAGAAGUCUUUUGUAUUCCUUUUGUACUUCACACGGCCUUUUACUGCACUUACCGUGCAUUACAGCCAGACUUGCCAAGUUUCAAAGCUGCUAGAGGAGUUCCUGUUUGUAUUGUAAUAUAUAAAUUGAACACAGAUCUUGCGUUGGUUACCCUAACAUAUUAAAGCUCAAUAAAAUCUGUUUUUUAAAGAA